CCCACCGGCCGCGAUGUCCAGAAAUGGGUUCUUCUUUGAAGAAACAGGUUACCUUAAAUGUGAUACAGACGAUGGCUGUGAGAACAAGGAAGAAGGAGGCGGGGAGAGACUUCCUUGGAUAACUGGGCUAACUCUCAUCAGAUUCGUAUCUGGGGACAGCAUCAGGUUCUUUGUGAAUGUCAACUUGGACGUGCAACAGAAUGUAACAGCAGAAAGUGAAGGUGCCGGGUGCGUUUUAUUACACACAUCAAGAAAAUACCUAAAAUUAAAGAAUUUUGAAGAGGAAGUUAGAGCUCACCGCGACCUCGACGGGUUCCUGGCCCGAGCCAGUAUCAUCCUGGACGAGACGGCAACUUCUCUGGACGACGUCCUCCGGGAGAUGUUGAAACACUUCGCCGAAGACUCGGACAACGCGGAGCCGAGCUGCAACUUCGACAAAAUCAUGAGCACUUUAUUCACCGAUUCAGGGACCCCUAGAGAAGGGAACGUUCACCUCCUGUCGGAUACAAUUCAGGGUGUCACAGCGACCGUCACGGGGGUGCAGUAUCAGCAGUCCUGGCUCUGUAUCAUUUGCACAAUCAAGUCCCUUCAGAGACGCCACGUCUGUAUCAGCCGGCUGGAGCGGCCCCAGAACUGGGGGGAGAAUUCCUGCGAAGUGCGAUUCGUCAUCUUGGUGCUUGCCCCUCCCAAAAUGAAAAGUACCAAAACCGCGACCGAAGUGGGCCGGACGUUCGCCACGAUGUUUUCCGACAUCACUUUUCGGCAGAAGCUUCUGGAAACUAAAACGGAAGAAGAGUUCAAGGAAGCUUUGGUCCACCAGCGCCACCUGCUGACCGUCGUGAACCAGAGACCCUCAGCGGUGUCGGAGGGCCACAAAACGCACAACCCCAAACCCCUUAAGCUGCAGGAGUUCUUCAACAUUGGCAGGGGAAUUUUCGAUGACUUUGCAAGAAGAUUUCCAGUGUAUGCUCUGGACUUCACCGAUGGCAUUAUUGGGUCCAACAAAGCCAUAGGCAAAUACAUCACCACCAUGAUCUUCCUGUACUUCGCCUGCCUGCUGCCAUCCAUCGCUUUUGGCUCGCUGAACGACGAAAACACGCGGGGAGCCAUCGAUGUGCAGAAGACCAUCAUCGGACAAUGCAUCGGGGGGCUUAUCUACGCUGUCUUCGCAGGUCAGCCCCUAGUGGUGCUCCUAACCACGGCCCCUCUAGCACUGUACAUCAAUGUGAUCCAAGGAAUCUCCGAUGACUACCAGCUCAAUUUCAGCGCGUUCUACGCCUGCAUCGGCCUCUGGAACAGUUUCUUCCUCGUCCUCUAUUCCCUCUUUAAUUUCAGCCUCCUCAUGAAGCUGUUCAAAAGGUCCACAGAAGAAAUAAUUGCGCUUUUUAUAUCCAUCACCUUUGUGCUCGAUGCGCUGAAGGGCAUCACGAAAAUUUUUAAAAAGUAUUACUUGGACUUCAGUGCCAACACCACGACCUUGUUGAAUUCGUCGAUUGACCAUUCGGUAUCAGGGAACCAAACCGAUGUCCAGUCCGCCGCCAUCCACCACGGGCGUGAGACCGCUGUUCUCAGUCUGAUGCUGAUGCUGGGGACCCUCUGGCUGGGUCACACGCUCUAUCAGUUCAAGAAAAGUCCCUACCUGCAUGCCAGAGUCCGCGAAAUCCUGUCUGACUGUGCCUUGCCCAUUUCAGUCCUCAUCUUCUCUGUCGUGGGAUCUUAUUUCUUCCAGGAAAUAGAAAUGUCCAAGUUUAACUACAACCCGUCAAAGAAGUUUUUAUCAUUGGCCCCCGUCCAGUCUCUCUCCAUCGGCUCCAUCAUGAGCGCCAUGGGCCUGGGCUUCCUCCUCUCCAUGCUAUUCUUCAUUGAGCAAAACAUAGUGGCAUCACUCACAAACGCCCCAGAGAACAGACUAGUGAAGGGAACCGCGUAUCACUGGGACCUCCUCCUCGUGGCUCUGAUCAACACCGGGCUGUCGGUCUUCGGGCUGCCGUGGAUCCACGCCGCGUUCCCUCACUCGCCAAUGCACGUCCGAGCGCUGGCCUACGUGGAGGAGAGGGUGGAGAACGGGCACAUCUACGAGACGAUCGUGAGCGUGAAGGAGACCCGGCUGACCACGCUGGUGGCCAAUUCCUUGGUGGGCCUCUCGCUCUUGCUGCUGCCGUUCCCGCUUCAGUUGAUCCCCAAGCCCGUCCUCUACGGGCUCUUCCUGUACAUUGCCUUGACCUCUAUCGACGGGAACCAACUCUUCGAGAGAGUGGCCCUCCUGCUGAAAGAACAGACAGCCUACCCUCCCACGCAUUACAUCCGCCGGGUGCCCCAGAGGAAGAUCCACUAUUUCACUGGCCUGCAGGUCCUUCAGCUCGUCAUCCUCUGUGGCUUCGGCAUGUCUCCUCUUCCCUACAUGAAGAUGAUCUUCCCUCUCAUCAUGAUUGGAAUGAUCCCCAUCAGGUAAGAGCC